CGCUGCCUGUUUGUCAUCCUGCUCAUGGCGGUGUACUGGUGCACGGAGGCCCUGCCCCUCUCGGUGACGUCCCUGCUGCCCAUCAUCCUCUUCCCCUUCUUGGGUAUCCUGCCCUCCAGCAAGGUCUGCCCCCAGUACUUCUUGGACACCAACUUCCUCUUCCUCAGCGGUCUGAUAAUGGCCACGGCCAUCGAGGAGUGGAACCUGCACCGGAGAAUAGCCCUCAAGGUCCUGAUGUUCGUUGGGGUCCAGCCGGCCAGGCUCAUCCUGGGAAUGAUGGUGACCACCUCCUUCCUGUCCAUGUGGCUGAGCAACACUGCCUCCACCGCCAUGAUGCUGCCCAUCGCCAGCGCCAUCCUAAAGAGUCUCUUUGGCCACAGGGAGACUCGGAAGGACCUCAGCAGGGAGAGCGAAGAGAACGCAGCUGCUGUGCGGAGAAACGGCCUGCCCACUGUGCCCACGGAGAUGCAAUUUCUUGCCAGCACAGAAGACAAAGACUGCCCUGAGGAGGCGGAGGCUCCACUGGAUCUUCUGGCGGACUCCAAGAAGGAGGAGGACUAUCGCAGAAACAUCUGGAAGGGCUUCCUCAUCUCCAUCCCCUACUCCGCCAGCAUCGGAGGCACUGCCACCCUCACGGGCACGGCCCCCAACCUCAUCCUGCUUGGGCAGCUCAAGAGUUUCUUCCCGCAGUGUGACGUGGUGAAUUUCGGCUCCUGGUUCAUCUUUGCCUUCCCUCUCAUGCUGCUGUUCCUGUUGGUGGGCUGGCUCUGGAUCUCCUUCCUGUAUGGGGGACUGACCCUGAGGGCCUGGAGGAAGAAGAAAUCUGAGAUCAGCACUGACGCAGAAGACAGGGCUCAUGCUGUGAUUCGGGAGGAAUUCCAGAACCUGGGGCCCACCAAGUUCGCCGAACAGGCUGUUUUCAUCCUCUUCUGCAUGUUCGCCAUCCUCCUCUUCUCCCGGGACCCGAAGUUCAUCCCUGGCUGGGCCAGCCUCUUCACCCCUGGGUUUCUUUCUGAUGCUGUCACCGGCGUGACCAUUGUCACCAUCUUGUUCUUCUUCCCGUCCCAAAGGCCCUCUUUCAAGUGGUGGUUCGACUUUAAAGCUCCCAACACAGAGACAGAGCCCUUGCUGACGUGGAAGAAGGCCCAGGACACGGUGCCCUGGAACGUCAUCCUGCUCCUGGGAGGGGGCUUCGCCAUGGCCAAAGGCUGCGAGGAGUCGGGGCUGUCCACGUGGAUCGGCGGGCAGCUGCACCCCCUGGAGAACGUGCCGCCCGUGCUGGCCGUGCUGCUCAUCACCGUGGUCAUCUCCUUCUUCACCGAGUUUGCCAGCAACACGGCCACCAUCAUCAUCUUCCUGCCCGUCCUGGCGGAGCUGGCCAUCCGUCUGCGAGUGCACCCCCUGUAUCUGAUGAUUCCUGGCACCGUCGGCUGCUCCUACGCCUUCAUGCUGCCGGUCUCCACGCCCCCCAACUCCAUCGCCUUCGCCUCCGGACACUUGCUGGUCAAAGACAUGGUGCGAACAGGCCUCCUGAUGAACCUGAUGGGCGUCCUGCUGCUCAGCUUGGCCAUGAACACGUGGGCACAGGCCAUCUUCCAGCUGGGCACCUUUCCGGACUGGGCCGACAUCCACUCAGUCAAUGUCACAGCAGUGCCAUCCGCCUUGGCCAAUGACACAUUUCGGACCCUCUGAGUCCCCCUUGGGGACUCUCUUUGGGCUGGGCCCUCCCAAAAGGCUUUCGCCAUCACCUGCUGCUAAGACCCUACAGGAUGAUCAAGCAAUUCUUUUCUGUGAUCCAGUACGCAGCAAGAGAGGGUGACCUCCAGUGGUCCACUUGGGUCCACAGGUUCAUUAUCUAGGACACUUUCUCCUUCUCUCUUGUGCAGUUCAGGUCCCAGUUGUCUCCCAGAUCUGCUGCCUGAGAAACAAGCUCCUGUAACUCUGAGCUGGUCUGUGGUUAGUGCGCAGGAGGGCCCAGCUUCAGCGACAAUAGGCGCCUCUGGAAUGGCAGUUGUCAACAGCUGGGAUAGGAGGCCAUCCGUCCCCACGGGUACAGCUAACAUCCCCCCUGAUGACUUUAGGCUACGCUCUGGAGGGACCAUUUUGCCUUUAGGAUCAUCUUCCUCAGAGAGGUGUGGGGGUGCGGUUCCAGUCCAGCUGUGCCAGCUGUUCCCGGCCGGCGCGUUCUGCCUGGUUCCUGCCCAUCCUGUGCCAGUUGUUCGAAUUACCCCUGC